GGUUCACGGGUAGUUCAGGUCCACGUUGGAAUUUGCCCAUCUAAAACCUCAAUCUUUUACUGAAAAGUCUCAACUUUGAACUCACUCGAAGUGAUGAUGGAGUCACACGUGGAUCUAGGUUUUCUCCUUCAAGCUCUCACUCCAUCUUGGAACUCCGUUCCUUUGCUUGUGGGGUUCUUCACUUACUUGGCCGUUGCUGGAUCCAUUCUCCCUGGAAAACUUGUUCCUGGCGUUGCACUACUCGAUGGGACUCGUCUACACUAUCGCUGCAAUGGUCUGCUCUCGCUUCUUCUGUUGGUUGCACUUCUCGGGAUCGGUGCCAAGAUGGGUUUUGUGUCUCCCACUGCCAUAUCAGACAGAGGACUUGAGCUGCUGUCCACGACUUUUGCCUUCAGUUUUCUUGUAACCCUGAUAUUGCAUUUUUCCGGUUGCAAGUCACAAAGUAAAGGUUCAUCACUAAAGCCUCAUCUCAGUGGAAACCUGAUACACGAUUGGUGGUUUGGUAUACAACUAAAUCCACAGUUCAUGGGUAUUGACCUCAAAUUUUUCUUUGUUAGAGCUGGAAUGAUGGGAUGGCUACUUAUCAAUUUAUCUAUUCUUAUGAAGAGCAUUCAAGAUGGUACUUUGAGCCAGUCAAUGAUUCUCUACCAGCUAUUCUGUGCACUAUACAUCCUGGACUAUUUUGUACAUGAAGAGUACAUGACAUCCACCUGGGACAUAAUUGCAGAGAGACUGGGCUUCAUGUUGGUCUUUGGAGAUUUAGUGUGGAUUCCUUUCUCUUUCAGCAUACAGGGAUGGUGGCUCUUGAUGAACAGUGUGGAGUUAACACCAGCUGCCAUUGUAGCUAAUUGCUUUGUGUUCCUGAUUGGAUACAUGGUAUUUCGAGGAGCAAACAAGCAAAAGCAUGUGUUCAAAAAGAAUCCAAAGGCUCCUAUCUGGGGUAAGCCUCCAAAAGUCAUUGGUGGAAAGCUACUUGCUUCUGGUUAUUGGGGUAUUGCUAGACACUGUAAUUACCUAGGGGAUUUGAUGCUUGCUCUCUCCUUCAGCUUACCAUGUGGGAUAAGUUCACCAAUUCCAUACUUCUAUCCAAUUUAUCUUCUUAUUCUGUUAAUCUGGAGAGAGAGAAGGGAUGAAGCUCGUUGCGCCGAGAAGUAUAGAGAGAUAUGGGCCGAGUAUCGUAAACUUGUUCCAUGGAGAAUAUUGCCUUACGUUUAUUAGGAUGAAAAAAAAAGGGCUUCACCAUGAAUUCUUCAUCUUGCCGAUGUUAUUAAGCACUUCGAUGUAAAUUGGUUCUUGUUCUUGUGGUUUCAAUCUUGGAUCUUUUCUUAUUGAACCAUGUAGCUGCAAGAGAGUGUUUCGAGGGAUUUAUCUUACCAUCUCUAUUUGUGUAUCAUUAUGCUGCAGCCUGCAGGCCUUCAUUUUUCAAUGGCCAACUCUUUUUGACUUGUUCUAUUUGUUUUUAGAUGAGAAUUUCAUGGUCAAAGCUCCUAGGCUUAAAAAAACAGUGUAAUGUUCUAUGGGAAGUGCAGGAAGCAAUUCGGGGACUGCAGGAAGCAAUUGCCUUUACAUUGAUAUGCUCAAUGGUACUUUAGGCCCUUUAAUGUUCUUGCUUUUCAUUUGUGAGAGUUAUUAUUGGCCCCA